AAGCCCAUCUGGCUCACUGGCAGGGUUUGUUUACUGGCUGGGGGAAGAAGAAGUGGAUCCUACAGGAGCUGGGAGACUGUACAAUCUACCUCAGUCUGUCUGUGGGAGAUGAAAAGGGACAAAUAACGCUGAAAAACUUUAUCUCACCCGCUUUUUCCUCUCGCUCCGGUGCAGCUGCUUUUUUUGUGGGGGGGAGAAAGCAGUUCGGAGCCUCGGACGCAACUUGGAUCGCACGUGCAUGUUUUUAAAAAAAACAACUCCUGCAUUAAAACAGUAGAGAAACUACAUCUCUUUUUUAAAAAAAAAGAAAAGAAAACGGAGACCACCGGAGUGCUGCUGAGCCACGACCGCGUCUGUCAGCUUCCCAGAGUCCCACUGAAAUCUGUGCACGUCUGUGGUUGACGGUUCGGAGCCGCUCGACGGAUACAAACACCUGGUUCCACACGCGAAGACAGAAACCAGGGGAAGAUGUUCGCGGCUCGCUGGAGGACUUUUUAAAAAAAACUAAACACACGCUAACGCCACGCACGCUUAAAAAAAAAAAAAAAAACCUGAAUUAAGUUAGCAAUCGGCUUUUUUACAUUAAUUUCCCCCCGCGGCUGCAGCUUUUCCUCAUUUUUGUUAUACACGCGUGCAUUGUUACGCGGGUGGCUUUGCGUGGUAUUUCCCCCCUGAGGUGGAGUUUUUUAAUUUAACACGGUUGGAAAAAAAGCGGCGCAAACUUCUCUCUCUCUCUCUCGUGGCCUGGACGGGAGUGGUGGAGCCAGGCUAGGUGGCUAGCAGCUAGCAGCUAUCUGGUAGCUAACUCCGCGGCUAGCACUGACGUUAGCCUGCGCUGGGCUUUGUUUAUUUUGUUGCUGUUCUUUUUUUCCCACCCGGACAAACUCAACCGGGACGACCUGACAUUGAAAUACACCAAACAGAGGAGCCGUGCGUGCGUGUGCGUGUGAGUCAGUGUGUGUGCGUGCUGCUGCGUGUCCACGGUGCAACCCCCCCUCCUCCCCCUCCUCCCCAUGAGGUGGCUAGCUGUAGCAGCGGUAGCCCGAGCGCUAGCUUGUGUCUGACCCGAACACGUUGGACUCGAUCCUCCGCCCAUCUUCCGGGAUGUCUUUUAUUUAUUUUUGUUUACCUGUUGGCCCACGCCACAAAACAAAACCAGCCUCCUGAAGGUGUCUCUCCUCCAUUUUGAGCUUGUCCUCCUCGCCAAAAGGGGGGCCACCGAGCUGUUUUGACCCGGGACAGGAGCUGAAUGGUGUCUCAUACCGAGUCAGUGAUGUGUCCCCGGACUUUGUGUUUUGUUUUGACCGCUGUCUGCUUCGUGGUGAGCUGUCAUCGAGCGACCGGAGAGAUUUGUGUAAGCAAGGACAUCCGCAACAAUGUGACCAACAUGCAGACGCUGGAGAACUGCACUGUGAUCGAAGGCCACCUGAAGAUCUUGCUCAUGUUCAAGACCAAGCCAGAGGAUUUCCACGGCCUCAGUUUUCCAAAGCUGAGAGUGAUCACAGACUAUCUGUUGCUCUUUAGGGUUUACGGCCUGGAGAGCUUCAGUGAUCUCUUCCCAAACCUGACAGUCAUCAGAGGCAACAACUUGUUCUUCAACUACGCCCUAGUGUUGUUCGAAAUGCUGCAGCUGCGAGAGAUUGGCCUCCACAGCUUGAUGAACAUCACCCGAGGUGCCGUGAGAAUCGAGAAGAACCCAGACCUCUGCUACCUCUCCACUCUGGACUGGUCCAAGAUCCUGGACUCGGUGGAGGACAACUACAUCAUGGCCAACAAGAACGACAGAGAGUGUGGAGACGUGUGCCCAGGGCACAUGUCCCUUGGGAAGAUCACCUGCCAGACGACAACAAUCAAUGGACACUUCAGUGAACGCUGCUGGACGCAGAACGAAUGUCAAAAAAUGUGUCCUGUACAGUGCAAACACCGGGCCUGCACCAAGGACAACCAGUGCUGCCACGACCAGUGCCUGGGCGGCUGCCUGAAGCCCAACUCAGCCAGUCACUGUGUGGCCUGCCGAGGCCUCCAGCUCGAGGGUGACUGUGUGGACCGCUGCCCCGAAAACCACUUCACCUUCAAGGGCUGGCGCUGCGUCACAUUCGCUUUCUGCCAGGAUCUCCACAACAAAUGCAAGCGGGAAAAGGAGCGCAAAAAGAACCCCGACUGCUACGAGUAUGUAAUCCACAACGGGGCCUGCGUCGCCGACUGUCCCUCCGGCUACACCACCGUCAACUCCUCCUCAUUGUUGGUUGUUUACCAACCGGUGGCGACUUCAUUGCCGCAAACAAGCUAUAGCCUCAACUGUAUGCCCUGUGCAGGGCUCUGUCCUAAGGUGUGCAUGGGUCUGAAAACUGUGGACUCUGUCACUGCUGCCCAGGCUCUGAAAGGCUGCACUGUUCUCAAUGGAAGCCUGGUCAUUAACCUGCGUGGAGGAAACAACAUAGCAGCUGAACUGGAAGCCAGUCUGGGUCAGCUGGAGGAGAUCACUGGCUACCUGACAGUGCGACGUUCCUACGCCCUCGUGUCCCUCUCGUUUUUCCGCAAACUGCGUGUUAUUCGUGGAGAGGAACAGGAAAGCGGGAAUUACUCGUUUUAUGCACUGGACAAUCAGAACCUGCGGCAGCUCUGGGAUUGGUCCAAACACAAGCUCACCAUCCUGCAGGGGCGCAUGUUUUUCCUCUACAACUCCAAACUCUGCAUGUCUGAGAUCCGCAGUAUGGGAGAGGUCACAGGAACCAAAGAUCGGCAGAAGAAAAUGGACGUCGCCACCAAGACCAAUGGAGACCAGGCCUCAUGUGAGAACCACCUGUUGAAGUUUACCCUGAUCCGAACCAUGAGCGAUAAAAUAAUGGUGAAGUGGGAAGCGUUCUGGCCUCCGGACUACAGAGACCUGCUGGGAUUCAUGGUGCUGUACAAAGAAGCACCAUUCCAGAACGUAACCGAGUUUGAUGGGCAGGAUGCCUGCGGCUCCAACAGCUGGGUGAUUGCUGACGUGGACACUCCACGUCGAGCAGAGGGGGAAAAAGAGCAGUUGGAGCCAGGUCAUCUCAUCCUGCCGCUGAAGCCCUGGACACAGUACGCCAUCAUGGUGAAAACUCAACUCUCAGCCUCUGAUGAGCACCAGGUUCACGGAGCCAAGAGCGAGAUAAUCUACAUCCGCACCAAUGCCACCAAACCCUCCGUCCCGUUGGAUGCCAUUUCCUCAUCCAACUCUUCGUCUCAGAUCAUCCUCAAGUGGAAACCUCCCAAUGACCCCAACGGCAACAUCACUCACUACCUGGUCUUCUGCCAGCGUCAACCUGAAGCCAGCGAGCUCUACAAGUUUGACUACUGUCAAAAGGGGAUGAAGUUGCCAUCGCGGGUGCCCACGCAGGUGGACAGUGACGAGGAGCACAAGUGGAACCAGACGGAGGAGCAGGGCCCGGGGACACGAUGCUGCGCCUGCCCCAAAACAGACAAGGAGCUCAAGAAAGAGAAAGAGGACUCGGAGUACCGCAAAACCUUUGAGAAUUACCUGCAUAAUGAAGUUUUUGAGAUCAAACGCUCGAGACAGCGGCGCGCUGUGAUGGGAAUUGCCAACCGCACGCACCUCUUCCUCACCACCGCCCCCAGCCUGCCAGAGGGCACACGCAUCCCCAACGGCGAGGACGAGGAAACCUUUGAAAGCACCAAGACGGUGGUCACCGUCCACGCCAAGGAGUCCACUGUCAUCUCGAACCUGAGGCACUUCACCAGCUACCAGAUUGAGAUCCAUGCCUGCAACCACCCGAAAGACCCGGCCCGCUGCAGCAUGGCGGCGUACGUCAGCGCCCGCACGAUGCCCGAAGACAAAGCCGAUGACGUUGUGGGUCAGAUCAGCUACGAGGUGACAGAAAAUUCGGUUCACAUCACUUGGCUGGAACCCACAGCUCCUAAUGGUAUGAUCAUCCUGUACGAGGUCAACUACAAGAGGCUGGGAGACACUGAGGAGUUGCAUUACUGCGUGUCGAGGAACAUGUACAAAGUGACCCGAGGUUGCAAGCUGAAAGUGAUGCAUCCUGGGAACUACACGGUUAGGAUCCGGGCCACGUCACUGGCCGGGAACGGAUCCUGGACCGAGCCCACAUAUUUCUACGUCCAGGACGCAAGCGACCCUCUCUACAUCGUAAAGAUCGUCAUUGGACCGGUCAUCUGUUUCAUCCUGUUGCUGUUUGUGACCGUGACAGGAUUCGUCUUGUUCAAGAAGAGUCAAACUCAAGGGCCAAGUGGUCCCAUCUACGCUUCUUCUAACCCAGAAUACCUCAGUGCUAAUGAUGUGUACGAGGAGGACGAGUGGGAGGUGGGCAGAGACAAGAUCGCCAUUUUGAGGGAACUGGGUCAGGGCACAUUUGGCAUGGUCUACGAGGGCAACGCCAAGGACAUCAUAAAGGGCGAGUCAGAAACACGCGUAGCCGUGAAGACGGUGAACGAGUCCGCGAGCCUGAGGGAGAGGAUCGAGUUCCUGAACGAAGCCUCGGUCAUGAAGGCCUUCACUUGCCACCAUGUGGUGCGUCUGCUGGGUGUCGUGUCUAAGGGCCAGCCCACACUGGUGGUGAUGGAGCUGAUGACCCACGGAGACAUGAAGAGCUACCUGCGCUCUCUGCGGCCUGAUGCUGAAAACAACCCAGGGCGUCCCCCCCCCACUCUGAAGGAGAUGAUUCAAAUGUCCGCUGAGAUCGCAGACGGCAUGGCUUACCUGAACGCCAAGAAAUUUGUCCACAGGGACCUGGCGGCCAGGAACUGCAUGGUGGCUACUGACUUCACCAUCAAAAUAGGAGACUUUGGUAUGACCAGAGACAUCUAUGAGACCGACUACUACCGCAAAGGAGGGAAGGGUCUUCUGCCCGUCAGGUGGAUGGCACCUGAGUCUCUGAAGGACGGAGUCUUCACUGCAAAUUCAGACUGCUGGUCCUUUGGGGUCGUGCUGUGGGAGAUCAGCACGCUGGCCGAGCAGCCGUACCAGGGCCUGUCCAACGAGCAGGUCCUCAAGUUUGUCAUGGACGGGGGCUACCUGGACCGACCGGACAACUGCGCUGACAGACUACACAACCUGAUGCAGAUGUGUUGGCAGUACAACCCCAAGAUGCGGCCGGCCUUCCAGGAGAUCAUCGAAAUGCUGCGGGAGGACCUGCAUCCUUCCUUCCAGGAGUUUUCCUUCUUCUACAGUGAGGAGAACAAGCCGCCCGAGAGCGAGGACUUUGACCUGGACAUGGAAAACAUGGAGAGCAUCCCGCUGGACCCGUCGUCCUACUCCCAGAGGGAGCAGUGCUCGGACAGGGACGAGGCCUCUUCCAUGGGCCUGAGGGGCAGUUACGAGGAGCACCACAUCCCCUUCACACACAUGAACGGGGGAAAGACCAACGGACGAAUACUGGGCCUACCGCGGUCCAGCCCCUCCUAACAUACUACACACAUCCCGCGCAAACACAUCGACGCUAUAGAUUUAAAUAUAUUUUUUUUGUCUUUUGUUGUCAUUUUAUAUAGAUCCCACUUUUAUCACACUCUCCUCAGAAGCCGCUCAGUGCAAAACUCAGGACCUUAUUUUUCUCCUCAGAUGCCACAAACACACACUACAGCAAGUUCUCACACGGACAGCAGAAGACACUUUUUUGUAUUUAAGGAUGAAUCUCCCAUGUCUUUCUUGUUAAUGAUUGUAGUUCAUAUACUGUAUAUAUAUAUAUAAAUAUAUAUAUAUAAAUAUAUAUAUAAGUUUGUGCUCGACUGGGCGGAUAAUGGAUUCAACUGUGAAACAAACUCUUGACAAACAAGAAGGCUGCUAAACCCACUGUCCCUCCCCGAGUCCAGACUGUGUCUCCCCCAUUCCCCCAGAUUCAACACGAGGGUUCAAUCCCAGAUCGCUAAGUCUUGAAAAAAAGUGCCCUUCUAUUUUGUCUGUGGCCUACAUCAGUUGUCUUGGAACUGUUUGUGAAUCUUUGUACACAAAUGGACGACGAACUGAAAAAUGAAAAGACUUUUAGGAACUUUUGUGUCGGAUGGUCCAAGACGGUCACAUCCUCGAACAAACUCUGAUCCACUGGAGAAGCUGGUUGAAGUGGCUUACCUCCUCACACUCUGCAGUAUUCCAAUAUGGCUCCCAGGAUAAACACAGGACUUUUUGUCGGGUUCUUUUUUUUAAUUUAUUUACCUGUCUUUACUUUUUUCCUUUUUUUUUUUUUCUCGAGUUUUCACAUUUACAGCUGAAGGAUAUUUAAACCGUUUUCAAAAACAUGUUGGCGAACGAGUUCCUCAGAUUGACCAAUAGCUGCUUCUUUGGUAUAUUUUAGUGGGUAUAGAAGAUGAAAUAUAUAUAUAUAAAUAUAUUAUUGAUGUUUUUGUACAUAGCCGAUAUGUUGUCAUUCUUGAGGUAUUUCCGGUCAUGUUUUUACAUGUUAGUCUCUUAUGUUUAUUUUUUCUAAUCCAGAAAAAUCAUACUAAUUAGCUUUAUUUUUGUUUUUUCGGACUCAUGAUCAACCAACAGCACUUGGUCUUUUUUUUGCUAUGCGAUGCCCAGGAGAAGAAGCGUUUUGGCGUCUUCGGCUUCAGAUGUCUGCCCAUCAUAUCAAGAUCAAAUAAAAUAGUGCUGUAAAUAUUGCAGCAAGGUGCAUUCAUGAAGAGGCUCUGCCAGCGCGUCUGUGUUUCCAUGUGUAUUCAGUCGGGGUUCAUAUGAAUUUUUGGACGAUGACGUAACUGUUGCUUUUUUUCUCCCUGUGCACCAACACAAUGCAUUUGAAAAGAAGCCAUUCAGAUGUGACUGUAAAAGUGUAAACUUUGAGCUUUAAUUCAAGGGUUUUAACAAAAAUAAAAAAUAUAUUAACUUUUCAGAUGCUGGAAAGGAAUAGGAAAAAAAUACUAGGAUUAUUUUUAUUACAUGAGACUGGAAGUAAUGAAACGGUCCGUUUGUGGAUCUUUCUUUUAGUUUUAUCUUCUCUAAAAUGUGGUGACUUGACUUCACAUGAACAAUAUUCCAUUUCAUUCCCUUGAGAAGCUUUUCAGAUACUUUCACUUUGUGCUUGCGAUCAUUAUCCAUCUGGCCAGAGAAACACCAAAUCAACACUUUAUUUAUUUAGCACCUUUCAUGCAGCAUGGUGAAGCUCUAAGUGCUCCACAGUUAAAUGAUGAGCCAAGAAUGGGACAAAUGAAAGAUGCUGACAAUGAAAUACUGUUCCAUUAAUAUAGGUUUUAUAAACUGUGAUAACAAUAAAUAUACGAUAAAUACAGGAAACAAAAGUCAAUAAAAUGGGGUAUAAAUGAAUUCCGAUAAUAUUAACGGACACUAGUGACCCCUUCUGAUAACGACAGUAAAUUCUGAACAAACCAGAUAUGCAAUUAUUCUAAAUAUAACAAAACAUGAAUAAAAACCCAAAUAACCCAAAAUGCAGCCACAUUUUUCUCUCCAUUUGUAUGUUUCCAAUAUAAAUUGUUAGGUUGAAAUUAAAAGCAAUCGCAUGAAA